AUGCUGGCCAACUCCUCCGUCGCCAUGGCCAUGCUCUCCGGCUGGACCGCAGUAGUGGCCGCCAGACCCUCCCCACGCUCCACGGACAACAUCCAGACGAUCUACCAGUUCCCGGAAAACACGUACGUCGAGAACCUGGCUGUCCGUGCCAACGGCCAGAUCCUCCUCGACGUCUUCACCUCGCCACAGCUCUGGCUGGUCGAUCCGCACGUGCCCGGCGAGGCCGUUCUCAUCCAUGAGUUCCCAGCCGCCCUUGGCAUCACCGGCAUAGCCGAAUAUGAGGACGACGUGUUCGCCGUCCUGGCCGGGAACUUCUCCUUCUCAACGGGCGAAUGCACCCAGGGCUCGUGGUCCAUCUGGAGCGUCGACCUCGGCGGCGCCACCAUCAACUCGACCGCCACCCUUGCCGCCAGCCCGCCAAAGGUCAGCAAGCUGGCCGACGUGCCCGCCGCGACCUGCCUGAACGGCAUCGACCUGCUGUCCGGCGGGGCCAACAAGUUCCUCAUGGCCGGGGACAUCCGCACGGGUGAGGUCUACGCCGUAAACGUCGACACGGGGGCGGCCGCCGCCACCAUCAACAACACCCAGACGGUCCCCGCUGUCACGUACGGCUUCGGCAGCGUCGCGACCGACGGGCUGCGGGUGCGGGAUGCGGAGCUGUACUUGUCCAACGUCGGGCAGGGGACGCUCGUCAAGGUCCCCCUGAACCCCGACGACGGCACGCCCGCCGGCGAGGCACAGACAGUUGCACAGAGCCUCUCGUCGCUGGACCAGUGGGACGACUUCGCCAUCGACUGCGACGGGAACGUCUUCAUGGCCACGGGGGGGUCAAACGCCAUCCAGAGGGUCACCCCCGGGGGUAACGUCGCGGUCGUGGCUGGGGACUUGAACUCGACGGCCAUCGCGGAGCCCUCUUCCGCGAGGUUCGGGAGGAGGACGGACGACUCGAAUGUCUUGUAUGUGACCACCGCCGGUGGCAUGGUGGCGCCCGUCAAUGGCGAUACCGUAGUAGGCGGACAGGUUUUGGCGAUCAGGACAAACGCCACCAGCAUCUGCUAG